AUGUCAGAUAGCGAAAGACCACGCGAUCAAGCGCGCGAUCGCGACAGCCGGCGCGAACCGAGAGGAGGCCGCGACCAUGACAACGAGCGAGGCAACAUGGUCAGCGAGCGCCGCAACCGGUCACGAAGUCCACGACAAGAACGGGGUGGCCGAAGAGAUGGAGGACGCUACCGCUCCCGCUCACCUUUUCGAAGAGACGAGCGCGAUCGAGAAGGUGGCCGUGGUGGCAGAGGACGAGGCGACCGCAGCGACCGCGGACGCAACGAGGACAGAGGACCUCCCAAAGGCCCACGAAGCGGUCCUGGCCCGCGCCAGCCCCCAUCCAACACGUCACGGCCACCUCUCAAAACCAUCAAACCCGACCCCUUCGAGGACGAGGAGCCCAAGGAUGUAGUGAUGAAGGAGGAGCGCGUCAAGCCGGAGGGCAUGGACGACGAGACGUGGGAGAUGGCGCAGGUGAUGGGAUUCGCAGGAUUCAAGAGCACGAAAAACACAAAGGUGCCAGGAAAUGACAAGAACUUUGGGAUCAGGAGAGAUAAGCAGAUGGAGGCUAGGCAGUACAUGAACAGGCAGGGUGGCUUCAACAGGCCUUUGAGUCCUGGUAGAGGUUAG